AUGCUCUCUUCCGAUAGCAAAACGCAGCAAGUCGAAGUAAAAUACACUGAAAUUUUUAUUAAUAACGGAUGGCACAAAGCAACAAAAGGUAAAACGUUUCAAGUGAUCAAUCCAAGCACAUGCGAAGUGAUUGCUGAUGUUGAAGAAGGCACUCGGGAAGAUGUAGAAAAAGCCGUAGAAGCCGCUCGCAAAGCUUUUCAAAGCAAUUCACCAUGGCGUACGAUGGAACCUGCUGCACGUGGAGAUCUGAUGCGCAAAUUCGCCAAUCUACUUCGACGUGACAUCGAUUAUCUAUCAAAAUUAGAAACGCUUAACAAUGGAAAGCCAGUUCAUUAUAGUAUUGGAGAUAUANCGAAGCAUAAGAAUUGCAAUGGCAUUGUAUAA